AUGAGAUGGGGCAUUCGGAAGCAGAAUGCAGCGCCGUCUGCGCGGUGCGAGGAAGAUGAUGGAGGGGAGAGAGGGAGCAAGGGCAAGGGCAAGGGCAAGGGCAGGGGAACGUUCUCAUUCUCCCCGCUCUCGUGGCUCGCCAAGCUCGCGGCCAAGGAGAAGCCCGGUGCGGGUGCGGGUGCGGCCACAAAGCGCGCGCCUGCGUCCACGCCCAACAACACCGCCGCGGCGGCUCCCGCGUUCCCGUCGUCGUGCCUCCCCAACGCCAAGCGCACCAGCCCGAGCCCUGCGGCGGCAACGGUCACGCCAGGCUGGUCUAGCUUCAGCCCGCCGCGUCGCUCCACGGAUAAUAAGGACGUCCUGCCGCGGCGGCUGUCGGUCGGCAACGACAAUGCCGACUCCGUCGCCGUGCGGCGGCAGUCGUACCGGCACGGCGGCCGCCGCCACUGCUCCGUCGGCGGGGACCGUGAGCUCCCGCCGCUGGGCCGGCUGAUCCCCUUCUCUCUCGCCGGCUCCCCCGCGCGCCCGCGAGCCGCCACGGCACCGUCGGACACGGACGCCGCCGGAGCGAGGCGGCACCGGCGGCGCCGCCGGAGCAGCCGGCGCCUCAGCGUGAGCGGCGGCAGCCGGCGGCCGUCCUUCUCCGGGAGAAUGCCGCCCCCUCGGGUGCGCGUACGGUCGCCCCGGCGCGCCGCCGCCGCCGUGGCGGCGCCGGCGGAGCUGGAGGGUCUCGCGGUGGUGCGGCGGACGCGGGACCCGCAGCGCGCGUUCCGCGAGUCCAUGGUGGAGAUGAUCGCGAGCGCGACCGGCGGGCCCGCAGCCGUGCCUCCAAGGCCGGAGGAGCUGGAGCGGCUGCUGGCGUGCUACCUGUCCCUGAACGCGGACGAGCACCACGACUGCAUCGUCAAGGUGUUCCGCCAGGUCUGGUUCGAGUACAUCAGCCUGCUGCCCCGCCCGGAAUCCGGCGGGAGACCGAGACGACGGCCCCCGACGGCACGGCGCUGCUGA